UGAAUUGACAUGUAAUUAUCCCCAUUUGUUGGAUUGCGUCUCUGCGGAGCGGCCGCCAUAGCAGCUGUGUGUUGUGAGCUUCAUCAUUCCCAGUUUUCCAGUUUCCUCCGUUAAGAGAAGUGAUGGUCAUGAUUACUGUCCGUAAUUUCAGACUCUCCGCAGUUCCAAUUUCAUCAAUCCUUCCACAGAGUGGCUUCCGUUCGUCUUUAAUCUCGUCCAGAAAUCUUCCCUUCCCAUUUGUUGGCCAUCGGUUUCCUUCUACGUCGAACAAUCCCUUAUUACUUCAUGCCAGAAAGAAAAACUCAGAAUCAGAGCCAGUUAUCAAACGAAACAUCGUUGAGGAAGUGUCGGAGGAUGAAGAAGACGAUGAACUUUUCGACGAACUUGAAGACGAUGAGAUAAUGGACGAUGAUGGCGAAGAUUACUUUGAAGAAGAGUUUAUGGAGGAUAAUGCUGAAGUCUAUGUAGGGGAUGGCGGGGAAGGAGGUGGAAUUUCCCUUGCUGGGACAUGGUGGGAUAAAGAAGCACUGGCUAUGGCUGAAGAGGUUAUUCUUUCAUUUCAUGGCGACUUGAAGAUUUAUGCGUUCAAAACAGUCUCUAAUUCCACUGUUCAAGUGCGUAUUGAAAAGCUUUCUAACAAAUCGGGUUCCCCCAGGAUGGAAGAUAUCGAGGCUUUCUCUUCAAGAUAUCGAGCACGAUUGGAUGAAGCAGAGCUUUCUAAAACCGUGCCAGAGAACAUAUCUUUAGAGGUCUCAUCUCCUGGUGUUGAACGUGUCGUUCGGAUUCCCGACGAGCUGGAUCGGUUCAAAGAAAGAGCAAUGUAUGUGAAAUACACGAACGAUGUAGUUACACCCAGUUCGUCCUCUGAGAGUGAUGGCAUUUUCAAGCUUGUGUCAUUCGACAUAGAAACAAGGUGCUGCAUUUGGGGUUUAGCAGAUGUGAGGAUAAAUAGAGAGAAGGCAGGAAAAGGAAGACCACUAAGCAAAAAACAAAGAGAGUGGCGUUUAGAGACUCCUUUCGAUUCAUUACGCUUGGUUAGACUGUAUUCUGAUUACUGAUAAUGCAAUCAAAUUUUGGUCGAAAUUCAAGGUGUCGGUGUAUAGUAAACUAGCAAUUAUUAUCUUAUGAACGUGUGAUUCGUUUUUAAUGCUAUUCUCUAUCUGAACACAUUUUGAAUACAAAUUUUGCAAGAUAAACGCUUAAUAGUUUCUGGAUUGA